UUAGUCUUCACCGAGACGUUACAGAGUACGGUCGGAAGCUUAUACACGUCAAAUAUCUCUUCAUCUUCCGCGACUUGAAACAAAUUUCUUUCUCUCUUCUCAACAAAAAACGAAUUGAGAAAAUAAUUUCAACUCUUUAAAAAAAAAAGAAAAAGUGCAACAAAAACGUAAACGUGAUUUUACUACUUUUACCUUAAAACAAAAGUAGGGGUGUCAGUGUAUCGUCAAGUGGGAGGAGUUUUUUUUCUCUGGACAAGUGAAAAACAAUAGUUAUUAUUCCAAUGAUGAUGCACACUAUGAGUGAGCAUGCGGGGGGAGCUGGAGGUCUGGGGGUCCUACCAUUUGAUGGAAUGGGACUCUAUGAACAGCCACGGCCAAGGUUUGUCUUCAAGAUGCCCCGCGUUGUUCCCGAUCAAAAAGCCAAAUUCGAGAGUGAUGAACUUUUCCGGAGAUUGGGUCGCGAAAGCGAGGUGAAAUACACUGGUUAUCGAGACAGGCCUCUAGAAGAAAGACAAGUCCGUUUUCAAAGUGGAUGUCGAGAAGGACACACAGAAAUCGCAUUUGCAGCGACUGGCACGAAUUUACAGCUCGUAUUUGGUGUCGCUUCCGGAAACUACGGGGGCGAUCCACGAGAGUGCGAUUUCGACAAAGAACAUGGCAAGGUUCACUUGAAAUCUCAUCUAAUAAUGAACGGAGUCUGCGUCUUGUGGAGAGGCUGGCUAGACCUGGACCGUUUAGACGGCGUUGGAUGUUUGGAAUACGACGAGGAAAAAGCAAAUGAGGAAGAUGCACUACUUCGGGAUCAACUUGAGCGUUACAAUCAACGUCUUCGAGAAUUUGAGGAGAAGCAAAGAACCUACAGAAGUGGUGGCGUUCAACCACCGCAUCUAAAUCAUCAUCACCAUCAUCACCAUCAUCAUGGUCAUCAUGCACAUCAUGGAACCGGUGCAGCGACUGCUGGCGCAGUUGAACCUCAUCUAACUCACAGACAGGAUCCCGACAUGGAGGUCAGACUUCGAGCCUACUGAACCUUCCACCAAUAAAUUCAAUUAUCAUCAUCAUCAUCGAAUUUCAAUUUGAAUUUCUGUGUCACACACACAAAAUUCCAUCAUCCAAUGUUGUGUGACCAUCAAUAUUAUUCCGAUUUUGAGUAACAGCGAAAUUUUUACUCAUCGGAUUAUAUUUUACAACAAGCAAUUUUACCAAAAAAAAAAAACAAAAAAAAUUCUUUUCAUAAAAGAGUUAAUAUAUAUAGACAUCAAUCUUUCCUCGCGAACCGCAUAGGUUUCUCUAUUAAUAUAUCAUCUUCCAUGAAAAUAUUCUCAUUUUCGAUAAAUUAUUUUCUAGAAAAAAAAUAUAUAUUGUGAUCGUUGUCAAAACGCGUGAAAAUUGGUGCUUCUAUAUUGGUGACAAGUUCAUUUUUUUAGGACAAACUUUUAAAUUGAGGAUCUGGAGAUUACUUUCGAAAUAUUCUACGAAUUUUCAACUUUCAUUACAUUGAGAAAACUAUGUUUGAAUCUAACUAUCUUUGAUCAACCAAAAAACUGUGUUCUUAUUUAAACAUAAUUAAACAUUACAAUAAGUUCGAUUCAAUGCGAAUUAUGUUUGCAAACAUAAUUUGCAAACUAUAAUUUUUCUUGCAGAAAAAAAGGAAGAAGAAUACAAUUAUUAUUUAUAUUUACAAAAUUUGCUUAAUUCAAACAUAUUUUCUUGCUUAUGGUUGUCUACUAACACAGUUUUCUCAGAGUUGUAAUUUUGCAUUCAAAAAAAGAAAAGUUCAAUCGUAAAGAACUAAAAAAUUACUUUACAAUUAAAUUUAAUUAUUAAAAUUCCUUACAAAUUUUAAUCAAAAUACCAACUUUGAUUGAAUGAUAAGAUUUUGAUUAAAAAAUAAAUAAACGAAAGUAGUAAACAAAAAUGUUUCGGAAAUUCCAGUAAAAUUUUAGUUUUCAAAAAACUCAAAUUUUACUAUUUUACUACUUUUAUUAUUAAAAAAUUGAACAGUUUAAAAAAAAAGAGAAAUGUUUACUUUGAAAAAAGAAGGAAAGAAAGUUUCUUUUUUCUUUGAAAAGACUUUUUCAAAUUUGAAAAUUCGAGGAGAUUUGUCGAAAAAUCGUCCAGAUGGGGAAGAGAAAGAGAAACGAAAUAAAUAUUUAAAAUAAAGCGACAACAAUGUUUUAAAGAGGGGUUCGUAGAUUAUUAAAAAAAAUGAGCAAACGACGACGAUUUAUGAUAAAUAAAAAAAAUUGUCAACCGGUAACGCGUGACCCUGUUAACAAGACUUCGGAGAAUACUGAUUUCGCCUUGUCAUUAAUGCGGCGAACAACCUAUGAAUCAGGCUUACUGCGAAAAAGAGUAUCUCUCGCGUGAGUCAUCUACGAGGUCAGUUUAUUAUUAAUAUUUUUUUUAUUUAAGUUAAUUUUAGUCAUAUUUUGUUAUAUAUGUACAUAUUUGUAAAGAGUUUAUCAAUUAAAUAUAAUUUCUUUCGUGAUAAA